UCUGAGCUGCACAGAAGAGGAGGUUUUCAUCCUGCCUUGAGCUCUGAUAAUCCCAGGCACAGGCAGAGGCACCCACACUCCUGAGAACCUCAGUCCUGCUCAGCUUGGGAGAUCAAGACUCCUCGCCUGGACACGUGAAGAGCUGUAAGGAAAACCUACCUGAAAUCCAAGAGCUGGUGCUGAGGACCCAGACGCCCUCAUGGCUAUGUCAGUGACAAAACGCAUCGUGGAAGAAGUUGUUGAUUUCCUCACAGACACACUCUGCAGAGUGGAUCUGGAGCGCCUGGUGACUGAAGAUGGAAUCUGGAAGGCAUUUGUGAAGGCAGCAGAGUUGUCAAGAGAGGAGGAAGCUGCCCUGCAUGUUGUACUGAAGAAGGAUUUAGCUCAGAAUCCCACAGAUAAAAAUGGGAGGCUUGAAGAGGAGCUGAAGAAAAAGAGGUUUUUAAAAGAAUUUCCUCACUUGAAAAUCAAACUAGAAGAACACAUCCAGAAGCUUCGCUCCCUGGCUGACCAUCUUGAUAAAGUGCACAGUGGCUGCACCAUCUCCAAUGUGGUGGCCGAAUCCACCAGCACUGUCUCUGAAUUCCUGAGCAUCCUGGGUCUAGUUCUGACACCCAUUACAGGAGGAGCCAGCCUGAUACUCCCAGCAACUUCCUUGGGGCUGGUAGCAGGUAUGACUAGCCUCAUCACCACCGUCGUGGAAGAGUCGAGCAGGCUCUCAGAUGAAUCUGAAGCCAGUCGUCUGGUUGGAGCCAGCAUGAACACAUUCCAUGAGCUUAUGAAAAUCAUGCCUAAGAUCACAGUCAUACUUAGUAAUACGGGUGUGGAUUUAAUCGAUGCCUGUAAAAGCCUCAAGGAACUAAUCAGGGCCACCAGGAUUUCCAGAGCUGGUUAUCGCCCACUACAACAAUUUGGAGAGGGCGUCUAUGCUGAAGGUUCAAGGGAGUUGGGGGAUGCAUUAAGUGCUAGUAUUAAAGGAAUAGGCAUUACCAGUCUCUUCCUUGUUUGGGAUGUGUAUCACCUCGUGACAGAUUCAAUAGAUUUGUACAACGGGGCAACAACAGAGUCAGCUGCAGCGCUGAGGAAACUGGCUCUCAUGCUGGAGAGAAAGUUGCGGGAAUUUGAGAAGAUUCACAAGGCUCUGCAGUGAGACCUGUCUCAGUGACACCUCCCCCAAGAAGCUAAAAAUGCAGGAAAGAUGGCAUCAAUUGGGGGUGGGGUGGGAAGGGUGGAGGUAUCCUUUACAAGGGAAAGCACUAGAAAUAAAGUCUUUGGAACUGAGCAUUGAAGAGUUUGUAUUUCUGUGACUGAGCACAGCAAGAUCAAUGCAGACAGCCAGUGACUCAAUAGAAAACAGAAAUUGGAGUCUUAACAAGGGACCCCAGUCUUUCCUACCUAAAGAGUGGGAAUGGGACUUAAACAUGGUGGGUGUGAAUAGGGAGGGCUACAGAAGAACAAGCAAUGAGAAGGCAGGAAACCUGGAGAGCGGAUAAUGGGAGAAAGUCAGAGUUAGAAUUCUAUGUAUGGAGAAGCCAUAAUGGUGGCCAAUAUCCCUUCCCCCGAGGGAAGUAUCCUUAUGACUUCUGGAUCAGCAGCAGCAGGAUCAGCUCACCCAUGUGUCCUCCAGGCAGUAACCUUUCAACAGAUGGUGAUGAAGACGAUGUUGAGAUUGACAAGGAGCCAGGCUUCCAAGGGAACAUGGUCACCUGAGAGACCAAUGACAUCAAAGUGAAUGUCUGUGUGCUGUGCUGAUGUGUCAGUGGUGGGUUUGGGCAUAGAGACUCAAGGUAGAUUUGCAUAGGAAGUCAAGCAACUUAUGGUUUGGGGAUGAAGUUCAC